AUGUCAUCCUCUCAGAACUAUGUCUCUGAAAGGGUGCUGCUUGGGGUGGCAUACUCCAUGCUUGCGGUCACCAGCAUUGUCUUUUUGGCGAGGGCGCUGGUGAGAGUCCGUCAACCGAAGAGUUUCCAGGCGGAGGAUUUCUUCCUCUUGCUUGCCUACCUCUUCUUUCUCUCCCUCACCGUCAUGUACAUCGUCUUGACUCCCACCAUGUUCCGCGUCACGGACGCAACAACGGGCAAGAUACCAAUUUACCCCGAGAUCCUGGCCGACUCCCUCUUCAUGAUCAAGAUCUUCUUCGCCAACACCAUGAUCUUCUGGUUUACGCUAUAUUCGGUCAAGUUUGCCUUUUUGUGCCUCUAUCGCCGACUGAUGAUGGGCAUUCCGAUGUAUCUGCGCCUCUGGUGGGCGGCUGCAGCAUUUUGUGUCUUGACCUUGAUUGGCUGUGUCAUCACGAACUUUACCAGCUGCCACAGUAUGCACGCAUGGUUCACGCCAGGGUUGUGCACCGAGAAAAGAGACGUAGAUGCUCAGAUUGCUUCGCUCUACUACGCUUAUGCGGUGGACGUCUUGUCAGAUCUCUUCAUUAUGUUCCUCCCCCUGCGGCUGAUCUGGAAAUUGCAACGGCCGACGUCGCAAAAAGUCGGCAUUGGAGCUCUCUUCUGCGUCGGGCUGGUCUGUAUCAUCUUCGCCACCAUCCGCGUGGUCCAGAUUGGCGUCAAAUCCCAGGGCCACUCGACCCCGUCCUCAUCGUGGCUCGCCUUGUGGGCGGUCGUCGAGUCGGCGGUCACCGUCAUGGUGGGCUGUUGUCCGGGCCUGUACUCCAAGGCCAAAGAAGCACACUCGUCGCGCAAGACUACGUCCAACAAGAAGAGCGGCAUGGCCCCCUCCUACGGCUACGGCAGCCACGGCUACGCCAAGCAGGGCACCGCCGGCGGCAGCACGAGCAUGGGGACCAACAACCGCAACAGCCGCGCACCCAAUGGAGACAUCGAGAUGGGCCACCUCCCCACCCGAGUGACGGGCGGCGGGCAGACAAAGCGGUGGAAGGACAAGAUGAGCAGCAUGACAGACACGUUUUGGGCCAACGACAGCUCCAGCCAGGAGGAGCUCAACACCAACAAGCAGAUAUACGUCAACACGAGCAUCGAGAUCAAGGACGAGGAGGAAGCGGACCGCGCCGCCAGCCGCAGGAACGACGCCGAUUACCACUAUCCCAAGAGUCCGGUUUGA